AUGAAAACACUUCAUCCUAGGCUGAAACUUGCUACCUUCUCCUUUAGCAGCUUCUUUUUCUAUGCCUUUGCUUUUGGUUCUACUUCAACAGAUGCAGCAGACUGUGUCUUGAAUUUCACUUCAUACCCUUACCUACCAAGUGGUCACUGCAUUGGGAAAAACGAGAAGGUCAAGUUAUGGGGCACUAUCUCCUCGAAUCUUUGCUGUCAAAACGCCCUUAAUGCCUUCUCUCAAGUUCUUGCAGCUCGGGCUAAUGACACACAAGACAGUUUAAUCUUGGUUGACCAAGAUUCUUGGAGAAAAUGUAAUUCUCCUUUUCCAAGCCAAGAAUCAGUUUCCAUACAGUCUUGUGGAUUUGACAAUUUCUACUCUGAAAGUAGCAAGUGCUCAAGCCUAUCUCUAUCUCAAAUUCAAGGCAAUCCAUUUUACCUGCAAGCAGUAGACUUAUGUUCUGACUUAAGUUCAUCCUUUGACAUUACCUACAAAAAUUGCACUGAUGCCAUAGCAAAGGUAGUGGAGAAUCUAUUGGAAGUAUCACAAGUGCAACAAAACAAUACUGAAAGAACAAUAUGUAAUUUAGCAGUAGUUAUUUCAGUUGCAGCUGCGAAUGCUACUGAUAGCUCUUUUGGUGCAAAUUUAUUUAGCUGUAUGUCUUAUUUAGAUGAUUACGAUCCAAGCUACUUCAAACUCAAAAGGACCUUGGCAAAAGCACUAGUUGAGGUCUUUGUACCGAUCAUAGUACUAUUUCUGAUCUUUGCCUUAGUAAAUUGUGCGACCUUAACGAAGAGCAAGAGCAAAAGAGAACUUCCUAAACCUAUUCCAUCCAAGAACAUCACUACAUGGCCUGGCCUCUACAGGUUCUCCAAAGCUGAGAUUGAGAAUGCUAUAAGCAAUAGCAACAGAAGAAAGAGUUUAGGCAGAGGAAGUGCCGGUGAAGUCUUUGAAGGCAUUCUGCCUAGUGGACAAGUUGUGGCCAUCAAGCAGAUAAAGAAAAGCAACUCCUCUGAUUCUUUUACUAGGGAAGUUGCAGGUCUUUCCAGGAUUCGACAUCCAAACCUUGUUUCUCUACUUGGUUGCUGUAUUGAAGGUGAUAAGCAGUAUUUGGUCUUGGAAUAUUGUCCUGCAGGGAAUCUUGCUCAGCAUCUCCUAAGGAAAGAUGUCAUCUUGCCAUGGGAAAGAAGAGUUAAGAUCCUAAGAGACUGUGCACUUGCGCUGAGGUAUCUCCACAAUUAUAUUGAUGGAUGCAUUGUCCAUAGAGAUAUUAGGGUAACAUAGAUCAUAUGCUACUGAUCUGUCUCUGUAAAAGCAAUUGAUUGUUCAUAUUCAUAAAAUUAAUUCUUUAAUUUUUUUUCCCAAUGCUGCAUAUUUGUCUCAUAGCUCACAAACAUCCUCUUGACUGAAGACCUGGAGCCUAAGCUAUCGGAUUUUGGGUUGGCAAAGCUGAUAGGAAUGGAGGAGAGCAAAGUAUUCACAGAUGUUAGAGGAACAAUAGGCUAUUUGGAUCCAGAAUACAUAAGCAAUGCAAAGCUGACAAGUGCCAGUGAUAUCUACAGCUUUGGAAUUGUGGCCUUGCAACUUCUGUCAGGACAGAAAGUUAUUGAGUUGGAUCUUGAUGCCAGUGAACAGCUGACACGAAAAGUACUUAUUUCCCUCAAUUCCUCACAUCUGAUCAGUAAGAAAUACAAACAUUGUGUAACCACAAUUUGAAUAUCCUGUAGGCAAAGGAUGUGAACAAGGGAAAACGUCCAUUAACAGAUUUUGAAGACCC